AAAAUAAAACCCCUCUCUCUCUAAACUAAGUCUCUUUCUCCUCCUUCCUCUCGUUGUGCCCCUCGCUCGCAGGGCCAAUUCCGCUUCCCUUUCUCUCUCCCCCCCUCCCCUUCCCCCUUCCGUUCACAGCCUCUCUCUCUAGAUUUCGAUCUUCUAUCUAACCAGUGCUUCACCCGCAUCCAUGACUAUGAUGACACCUCCACCAUUAGACCAGGAGGAUGACGAGAUGCUGGUUCCUCAUUCAGAGUUCAACGAUAAUGCUCAACCAAUGGAAGGUGUAGUAGUGGCGCAGGGGGAAACUGUUAGCACGGCCGAGAACCAGCCUGUUGAGGAUCCCCCAACUUCUCGAUUCACUUGGACGAUCGAGAAUUUCUCAAGGCUCAACAGCAAAAAGCACUACUCCGACAUAUUUGUAGUCGGGGGUUACAAAUGGCGGGUGCUGAUAUUCCCCAAAGGGAAUAAUGUGGACCACUUGUCGAUGUACUUGGAUGUGGCGGAUUCUGCUACUCUUCCUUAUGGGUGGAGUCGAUAUGCACAGUUCUGCUUGUCGGUCGUAAACCAGCUUAAUAGCAAGUACACAAUAAGAAAAGACACACAACACCAAUUUAAUGCCCGAGAAAGUGAUUGGGGCUUCACAUCAUUUAUGCCUCUCAGUGACCUCUAUGACCCGAACAAAGGGUAUCUUGUUAAUGAUACAGUAGUAGUGGAAGCAGAAGUUGCUGUCCGUAGAGUCGUUGAUUAUUGGACGUAUGACUCUAAGAAAGAAACUGGUUAUGUUGGGCUCAAAAACCAGGGAGCAACUUGUUACAUGAAUUCUCUUCUUCAGACUCUCUACCAUAUUCCAUACUUCAGAAAGGCGGUUUACCAUAUGCCCACCACUGAAAAUGAUAUGCCAUCUGGGAGCAUCCCACUAGCGCUACAGAGCUUGUUCUACAAACUACAGUAUAGUGACAAUAGUGUUGCCACAAAAGAGCUGACUAAAUCUUUCGGGUGGGACACAUAUGAUUCUUUCAUGCAGCAUGAUGUGCAGGAGCUUAAUAGGGUUCUUUGUGAAAAACUGGAGGACAAGAUGAAGGGUACAGUGGUCGAGGGUACGAUACAGCAAUUAUUUGAAGGGCACCACAUGAACUACAUUGAGUGCAUUAAUGUAGAUUACAAAUCGACAAGAAAGGAGUCAUUUUAUGACCUCCAGCUUGAUGUCAAAGGCUGUCGUGAUGUAUAUGCUUCUUUUGACAAGUAUGUGGAAGUCGAACGUCUUGAAGGUGACAACAAGUACCAUGCCGAGCAACAUGGUUUGCAGGAUGCUCGGAAGGGUGUGCUUUUCAUUGAUUUCCCUCCUGUAUUGCAACUUCAGCUAAAGCGCUUUGAGUACGAUUUCAUGAGGGAUACAAUGGUUAAGAUAAAUGACAGGUACGAGUUCCCAUUACAAUUGGACCUUGAUCGAGAGAAUGGGAAAUAUCUUUCUCCAGAUGCAGACAGGAGUGUCCGGAACCUUUAUACGCUGCACAGUGUUCUAGUUCACAGUGGUGGUGUACACGGUGGACAUUAUUAUGCUUUCAUCAGGCCAACCCUCUCUGACCAAUGGUUCAAGUUUGACGAUGAGCGUGUGACAAAAGAAGAUAUGAAGAGGGCAUUAGAGGAGCAGUAUGGUGGUGAGGAGGAGUUGCCACAAAAUCCUGGGUUUAAUAAUACACCAUUCAAAUUUACAAAAUAUUCAAAUGCGUACAUGCUUGUGUACAUCCGAGAAAGUGACAAGGAGAAAGUCAUUUGUAAUGUGGAUGAGAAGGACAUUGCUGAACAUCUUAGGAUAAGAUUGAAGAAAGAACAAGAAGAGAAAGAGCACAAGAAGAAGGAGAAAGCAGAGGCACACCUUUAUACCAUCAUAAAGGUUGCAAAAAAUGAGGAUCUAGCAGAACAAAUAGGAAAGGAUAUAUAUUUUGAUCUUGUGGACCACGACAAAGUUCGAAGUUUCCGUAUUCAGAAGCAAAUGCCUUUCAGUGUUUUCAAGGAAGAGGUCGCAAAGGAGUUUGGCGUACCAGUGCAAUUUCAACGGUUUUGGCUGUGGGCUAAGCGUCAAAACCAUACCUAUCGCCCCAACAGGCCAUUGACCCAUCAAGAAGAAACACAAUCGGUUGGGCAGUUGAGGGAGGUAUCAAACAAGGCUCAUAAUGCAGAAUUGAGGCUCUUCCUGGAAGUGGAAUUUGGACCUGAUCUACGUCCCAUCCUUCCCCCUGAGAAGACUAAAGAAGAUAUACUACUAUUUUUCAAACUUUAUGACCCAGAAAAAGAAGAGCUACGCUAUGUUGGAAGACUUUUUGUGAAGUCCUCGGGAAAGCCAAUUGAGAUUUUGACAAAACUGAAUGAAAUGGCUGGUUUCCCUCCGAAUGAAGAAAUCGAACUUUAUGAGGAAAUAAAGUUUGAACCGAAUGUCAUGUGUGAGCAUAUUGACAAGAAGCUUGCAUUUCGAGCGAGCCAGCUUGAAGAUGGGGAUAUUAUAUGCUUCCAGAAAGCCUUGUCUGCAGAAAAUGAUGAACGUUUCCGUUAUCCAGAUGUACCUUCUUUCUUGGAUUAUGUACAUAAUCGGCAGGUUGUCCAUUUUCGUUCAUUGGAGAGACCAAAGGAGGAUGACUUCUGUCUAGAACUAUCGAAGCUGUACACAUAUGAUGAUGUUGUGGAAAGGGUUGCUCGUCAACUUGGUUUGGAUGAUCCAACAAAAAUACGGCUCACAUCUCACAACUGUUAUUCCCAGCAACCUAAACCCCAACCAAUAAAGUAUCGGGGCGUGGAGCGUCUAUCGGAUAUGCUGGUUCACUAUAACCAGACUUCUGAUAUAUUGUAUUAUGAAGUGCUGGAUAUUCCACUGCCAGAGUUGCAGGGUUUGAAAACCCUAAAAGUUGCAUUUCAUCAUUCAACCAAAGAUGAAGUUGUUAGCCAUAGUAUCCGGCUACCCAAGCAGAGCACUGUUGGGGAUGUCAUCAAUGAUUUGAAAACUAAGGUUGAGCUGUCUAACUCUAGUGCUGAGCUUCGAUUGCUUGAGGUUUUCUAUCACAAGAUUUACAAGAUAUUUCCUCUUGGUGAGAAGAUUGAGAACAUAAAUGAUCAGUACUGGACGUUACGUGCUGAGGAGAUCCCGGAAGAAGAGAAAAACCUCAGCCCUCAUGAUCGGUUAAUCCAUGUUUACCACUUUACCAAGGAUACCACGCAAAAUCAGAUGCAGGUUCAGAAUUUUGGGGAACCCUUCUUUUUAGUCAUUCGUGAAGGGGAGACUUUAGCUGAGGUUAAGGUACGGAUCCAGAAGAAGCUACAGGUUCCAGACGAGGAGUUCUCUAAGUGGAAGUUCGCAUUUUUGUCAUUGGGUCGCCCUGAAUACCUUCAGGAUUCUGAUGUUGUAUCAACCCGUUUUCAGAGAAGAGAUGUUUAUGGAGCUUGGGAGCAGUACCUCGGGUUGGAGCAUUCAGAUAGUGCCCCAAAAAGGUCCUACACGGCCAAUCAGAACCGUCACACUUUUGAGAAGCCAGUUAAAAUCUACAACUAGAUAGAAGAUAAGGGCACAAAUUCUGGGGUCUCUAUUAAUGAAUCUUGCAUGUGCAUCUCCCCUUCCAACUUUAUCAAGGAGGCUCCAAGUGGGCUUAUAGAAUGGGAGAGGAGUGGUUAUUGGAUUUGGGUUGUUGAUUGGUCGUGUAGGCUUUCCGAGAAGAAAGGUUUAUUCUUUUCCAGUGUGGCUGGGCUGAGAGACUUGCUGCUAUAUGCUUGUGUUUCUUUCUUUUGCUCUGUUCCUUUUUCAGAUUAGCCCCCUUUUUUAGGUAUGGCUGAGAGGUCUAUCCUUCAUUUUACCAGUGUAAUUUAGUUGGUACAUAAAGAGAUUUUGGCUUAGGGCAUGUAUACAUGAGUUGGGUGGUGUAUGCCUCUUUUUUGUGGUUCUUUCCUCUCUUUUUUUUCUUUUUUUUUGUUUUGGUGGGUGGGUCUGGGGGAAAGGUGUAUAAUGGGCUUGGUUGGUUCCUCUGGUUUUGGCUUCUAGUUCUAUGUAAAAGAAGGUAUACUGCUUUGAGGAUCUCUCUCUCAUCAUCAUGUUUGCCUCUUUGGCCGACCUGCCUUCUUUUUAUUGUUCAAGUGGUUCUCUCAUUCAUGCAGAUAGCCAAGGGUGGAGAGUUUCAAGCUAUAUAAUAUCAUCAAGUUUCUAGGGGUUGUUUGGAGUUUUAGUUCA